AUGCUGAUCUCCAAGAAGAACCGGCGCGAGGUCUACAAGUACCUCUUCAAAGAGGGCGUGCUGUACGCGGAGAAGGACUUCAACCUGCCCAAGCACCCCGAGAUUGAUGUGCCCAACCUGGAGGUCAUCAAGCUCAUGCAGUCGUUCAAGAGCAAGGAGUAUGUGACCGAGCGCUACGCCUGGCGCCACUUCUACUGGUUUCUGACCGACUCGGGCAUUGAGUUCCUGCGAGAGUUCCUGAACCUGCCCUCCGAGAUUGUGCCUGCCACCCUCAAGAAGAGCACGCGGCCGCUGGAGCGCGACGGGGGCCGCCCGCCGCGCCGCGAUGGCCCGCCGCGCCGCUUUGGCGGUGACCGCGAGGGCUACCGCUCCGAGAAGGCCGGCCCGGGCGCCCCUGGCGAGUAUCGGCCUGAGUUCCGCGGGGGCUUUGGCCGG